UGUUCCUUGUGCUGCAGAUGAGGACCUCAUAAUGCACUCACCAUGCCCUCUUGAAUGGGGCAUCGGGCAGCUCCGUCUUCAAGUUCCCGAGUCUUGUAUCAAUCAGAUUGACCCCCCUGCCUUCUUUGUCGAGGCGCGGGAUUGGGAAUCUCUGGCCAUAAAAAAGGGAAGUGACUGUUCUUCGUAAAGCUUCACUGCCUUGUGUGUUGUCAAGGAUUUUAGAGGGAGGAGAUGAGGCCGGAGGUUGGGGUGAGCCCUGGGACCGUGCCAGUGUACUAUGGAGGUGGGAAGCUGAUGGCUGUGGAGAGGAGGAUGAAGGUGGCUGAGGUUGUGCUCAGGUGUCUCUCAUGUGCGUUUGGGGUGAUUGCUGCUGUUCUAGUAGGAUCUGACACUCAGGUUAGGGAGUUCUUCUCUGUGGAAAAGAAGGCCAAGUUCACUGACAUGAAAGCUCUGGUGUUCCUAGUGGUAGCAAAUGGGAUAGCUGCAGGCUAUAGUCUGCUAAUGGUGGUGAGGAGUGUGGUGAGCAUGAUGAAGGGGAGUGUCCUCUUCAACAAGGCCUUGGCUUGGGCUAUCUUCUCUUGUGAUCAGGUCGUGGCGUAUCUCACAUUGGCAGCGGUGUCGGCGGCAGCACAAGCUGCAGAGCUCAGCCAGUUCGGCCAGACAGAGCUCCAGUGGAUGAAGGUAUGCAACCUCUACCAUAAAUUCUGCAACCAAAGUGGGGGGGGCAUGGUGAGUGCCUUCCUAGGUAGCCUCUGCAUGGUGGCUGUUUCCUCCAUGUCUGCCUUCAACCUCUUCCGCUUGUACGGCAAAAACAAGGGCAAGCGCAGUGGGAAUUUCUAGUUGUUGUGUCCUCGGAAUGUUCUGAUCUUGACUGAUAAAUCCAAUUUGAAUGCAUGGAAGCCUUGUAAAUUUUUCUAUCAAGAUCUAAUAAAUGAUGAGACAGAUUCUCUGAGAA